AUGUCGAAGGAUCAUUCUUGCUAUUCGUCGACAUGCAAUGUAGGGCGGAAGGAGAACCCUAAUGUGUGUUCACCGAUUUGCCACUGUGGACUGAGAUGUGCAUUGAGAAUUGCUAAAACUAUGAAGAAUCGUGACAAGCAAUUUUGGGGAUGCUCGAAGUAUAAGAGUGGUACUGAAGACAGUGGUUGCAACUACUUCAGAUGGUGCACUGAUGUUGCAGAAGACGAAAGGGGCACAUGGUUGAAGUCUGAAGGAAACAAAGAAAGUUUGUUGAACAGUGAAGAAAUGGAUAGUAAUAUGAAAAUGGUAGUUAAGUUAGACAAAUUUGUCUUCAUUGUUGAAAAGUGGAUGAAGGUCUUGCAACAUGGUAUGAACUCCUCUGCAUCUAGAUUUAGAAAUUUCAUAGCAGCCAAGGAAUGGAAACAUGGUAUGCCAGUGAUAGCCCACUUCCUGCAUGUACACAAAUUUUGGUCUAAAUUCACUACAAACUUGUCACCAGCUUGGGAGACAUGGCGAACUUCAAACAGCUUGUUUCCUGACCAGCUGUAA